CACUUCUCGACAUGCGCACAGCCAGCGCGCCCACCGCCCAGUGGCACACCUCUGGUGCCUGUGGCUGGGUCGUGGGCCCCAGGCAUCCAGAGCGGCAUCCAGGCAGCAGCGGCUCACGCAGGCGGCCAGACGGCUGGGCGGCUGGGCAGCGCUCGCCUGGGCAGCCGCGGCGGCAGGCGCCCGCGGCGGCGGCGGCACAGACUCCCCAAGUGACGGCCGCCAGCAGCAGCACCAACGAUUGGUUCUUCACUGAGACGGGGCAGCGGACAUGGGUGGAUGCCAUGGAGCUCAGCACCCUCACACCCGAGCUGCCCUCGCUCCUCGUGGAGAUGGGGGUCUCAUACGACCCAGAGCGCCUGGCCGAGGCGCUCAGCAGCCGACCCACAGAGCUGGCGGCGCGUUCGGUGCGGGUGGCUGCCAGCCUGGGCGCCUUCAUCACCCGCGUCCUGGCUGACCUGGCGUCGGGCAGCCUGGAGUCCAACGCGCCGCAGCGUGCAAAGCAGCUGCGCAGCGUGCUCAGCGGGCUGGGCCCCAGCUUUGUCAAGACUGGGCAGGCGCUGAGCGCCCGCCCCGACCUGCUGCCCAAGCCUUACCUGGAUGCGCUGUCUGAGCUGCAAGACCGUCUGCCCUCCUUCCCCAGCACCAUCGCGUACGAGGCGAGUGGGGAGGGUCGGGGAGGCUGCCGUGGCUGGCUGGCCAUGGAGCUUCGUGUGAUCCAGGAGGAGCUGGGGCGGCCGGUGCACGAGGUGUUCAGCGAGCUGACGCCCGAGCCGGUGGCCGCCGCCAGCCUGGGGCAGGUGUACCGCGGCCGGCUGCGCAGCACGGGGGAGGAGGUGGCGGUCAAGGUGCAGCGGCCGGGCAUCGGCGAGAACAUCGCCAUCGACAUGGUGCUGCUGCGGCGCCUGGUGGCGGUGGUGGACGACAACAUCCCACAGGUGUCCCAGCCGCUGGUGCCUCUUGUGGACGAGUUUGCGGCGCGGCUGUUUGGUGAGCUGGACUAUGAGCAGGAGGGGCGCAACGCGGAGAAGUUUGGGCGGCUGUACAGCCACGUGCCGCGGGUGCGAGUGCCUGGCAUCAAGUGGGAGGCCACCAGCAGGAGGGUGCUAACGAUGGAGUGGAUUGAUGGGGUGAAGCUGACGGAUGAAGAAGCCAUGACCCGCCUGGGCCUCGACACCGUCGACUUUGUGACCGUCGGCAUCGAGUGCACCCUGCGUCAGCUGCUGGAAGCCGGCUUCUUCCACGCGGACCCCCACCCCGGCAACCUGCUGGCCACCACCAGCGGCGACCUCGUCUACCUGGACUUUGGCAUGAUGAGCGAGGCGCCGCCCUCGGCACGGUACGCCAUCAUCGCCCACGUCGUGCACCUCGUCAACCGGGACUACCUGGCCAUGUGCUACGAUUAUUAUACGCUGGAGUUCAUGGACCCGUCAGUGGACACCACCCCCAUCGCCCCCGCCCUCGCCGCCUUCUUUGACAACGACAGCGUCAGCCAGCUCAACUUCCGGGCGAUCGUGGACGGGCUGGGCGGCGUGCUGUUCCAGUACCCCUUCAGGGUGCCCGCCUAUUAUGCCCUCAUCCUGCGCUCCCUGACCGUGCUGGAGGGGCUGGCGCUGACCGCCGACCCCAACUACAAGCUCAUCGCCCGCGCAUACCCCUACAUGGCCCGCCGCCUGCUCACUGACCCCGCCCCGGAGCUGCGGGCUUCCUUUGAGGACCUCAUCCUUGUGGACGGGCGCAUGCGGUGGAGCCGCCUGGAGAACCUGUUUGAGGAGAGCAGCAAGAGCCAGGACUACGACCCGGCGCAGCUGUGGCUGCUGGCGGAGUGGGUGUGCAGCGAGGGCGGGCGCCCCGUGCGCAAGCCGCUGGCCUCCGAGCUGGUGCGCCUGGUGGACGCAACCAUCACCAGCAACGUCAGGCAGCAGCUGCAGGAGCGCAGCGGCAGCGCGGCGCUGGCGGCGCGCCUCGUGCCUGCGCAGCCUGACGAGCGGCAGAGCGUGCAGCGGUCGCGGCUGCUGUGGGAUGUGCUGACCAGCGGCGCAGGGCGAGGCGUGGCCAUGCCGCAGGUGUCGACGGGGCUGUUUGGGCUGCCAGGUCCGGCGGAGGUGCAGCAGUACAUCUCCAAGCUGCAGGCGGUGCUGUCGGAGUCGGCGCCACGGCUGCAGGCCGUGUUUGAGAAGCCUGGCGCCCAGGAGCUGAUUUCGGAUGUGCAAUGGGGCCUGCUGCAGCGCUUUGCGGCGCGAAGCAUCAAGUUCAUCUCGGGGCUGCAAGACAGCGCCAGCGGAGCGACCAGCGGCACCGCCGCCGCGCCCGUCAAGAGCACCAGCAGCAGCGGCCGCAUCGGGGUCGGCGCCAGCGGGGCGUCCGGCUCGGCGGCGCGCAUGCAGGCGCAGUAG